UUGUGACAGGAGCCACGGAUGGCAUCGGGAAAGCCUAUGCGGAGGAGCUGGCUCGGAGGGGUUUUUCCAUUGUGCUAAUCAGCCGCACCCAGGAGAAACUGGAUGAGGUGGCCAAGUCCAUCGAGAGCAAAUAUGGGGUUGAGACCAAAUCCAUCGCUGCAGACUUCAGUGCGACGGACAUAUAUCCCAAGAUUGAAGCUGGACUUACCGGGCUGGAGGUUGGCGUUCUGGUAAAUAAUGUGGGAAUGUCCUACUCCUAUCCGGAAUUCUUCCUCAACGUUCCCAACCUGGAUAGUUUCAUCAACACGAUGGUGAACAUCAACAUCACGUCUGUUUGCCAGAUGACUCGUAUGGUGCUACCUGGGAUGGUAGAGAGGUAAGUGGAGGGGGUGACGGUAUCUGGGGUUCUCAGGGAGGGACGGCGGUGGUGACGGU